AUGGCGGGAGGCGGAACGAGAGCGGGUGAUGUGCGGAUUGAGGCGGUCCUUUCCGCCUGGCGCGGGGAUGACGGGGCUUCUUGUGGUGCUAUGCGCGGCCAUUUUCCCGCUUCUUCCGCGCGUGGGCGCAGUGCCCAUGAGCGCAAGCACCAGCGUCUCUCCGCGUGGGCAGUGGGCAACACGGCAUGCACUCUCACCUCACCGCCAUCCAUACCCCAUUCCCUUCCCCCCUGCUGUCCCAUUCGUACCUUCCCCCUGCCUCCCCCGCCUCCUGCUGCCCCCUUUGGACCUUCCCCCUGUCUCUGCCGCCCAGUGGGCCCCCACUCCUUUCACUCUCCACCUCCUCCUCACUUCCCCCACUCCCCUCACUCCGCAUCCCCUUCCCCUCACUCCGCAUCCCCUUCCCCUCACUCCGCAUCCCCUUCCCCUCACUUCCCCUUCUCCCCCAACUCUUCCCCCAACUCUUCCCCCAACUCUUCCCCCAGUCUCGACACCCUUCUGAUCAUCAAGUCAUCGCUCGGCGUCACUCUCACCACGUGGGCAGCGGGCAACACGGCAUGCACGCUCACCACCCACUCUUCUCCUCCUUCCCCGCGCACAACCCCUUGCCCUUUCGUCCCCUCCCCCCUCCCCCCCCCCCCCUCCACUCUCCCCUCCCCCCCAGUCGACACUCUUCUAAUCAUCAAGUCAUCGCUCGGCGUCACCCUCACCACGUGGGCAGCGGGCAACACGGGAUGCACACUCACCACCCAGACGCAGCAAGCGGGGGAGUGGACGGGCGUGCUCUGCUUGCCUUCCGGGGAUGUGCGCCAGAUGUGCGUGUGUGUCGGCGCAGCAAGUGGGGGAGUGGAUGGGCGUGUGUUCUGCUCACCCUCAAGGGAUGUGCGUGCGGCGCCUUUUCUAUGCCCCGCCCUGCAGCAACCUGGGAAAUCGGAAGCUGACUCAUGUCGCCUCCCCUCUGUCUGUCCCUUGCAGUGCAGCGACCUGGGGAAUCAGGAGCUGGAUGGAAGCAAACUCAUCGACCUGGAGAAUCAGAAGCUGACAGGAAGCAUCCCAAAGGAAAUCUCCAAGCUCACUGCGCUCAAUCACAUAGGCCUGGGCACGAACCUCUUUGUGCAACGGUUAGCCGCGUUCACAUCCAACCUGCUGCCGCUCACCGCCCUCGCUGACCUGCAUAUUCACCAGAACUGGCUAUAUGGCACCAUACCCGCAGCCCUCAUUGCCCUUCCCAACCUCUACUGGAUCAAGUUUUUCCGCAACUACCUCACAGGGACCGUCCCAGCCCCCGGUCCCGCCCUGAAAUUCAUCGACCUGCAACACAACUUCCUCUCAGGCUCCUUCCCCCCCCACUCCGCCACCUACUGCACCGCCACCAGCAACUGCUUCUCCCAGGCCUCCCUCUGCAACACCACCGCCACCACUCAACGCACCCCUACCUCCUGCUCCAUCUGCAACGUAACCAUGGCGGCGGAUGCUGCAGGUGCAGGGUGGGUGGUACCUGCAGCAGGGUCCUCCCAGGUGCUAUGCGGGGGAGGGUCAUGUGCGCCAAACGCCUCAGUCCCGGCCAGCCAGGGCGCGCCGUAUACCUCCUCAUCUCCGCUGCUGCCGAUGUUCUGCGCUCUGAUCGGCAUGGCCUCGGGAUCGUCUCAAGCCAUGCUCGCUCUCAAGUCUUCCCUGGGAGUGACUCUCUCCUCCUGGGCCUCUGUCCCUACUGCGACUGUCAUGGGGGUUGUUUCGACCUCUGCCUCCUUCCCCACCGCCUCCUCGCCCUCCCUGGCGUAUCUCUGCCCGGUGGCUGGUGCCUUGGCGGCUCCCAUGCCGGCGACUGCAGCUGCGAGUGCAUGGAAGGGCGUGGAGUGUAAUUCAGCCGGGGCAGUUGUGAAGAUGUGA